AUGGCUAGUCUGAUCGAAGCCGCAAAGCGUGCCGCCGGCCAAGCUGCUGUUGCCAACCACUACCCCACGAAUCCCAAAUUCGUCGGUAUCGGCAGCGGUUCCACAAUUGUCUAUGUCGUCGAAGCGAUCAAGGAAUCGGGCAUCGAUACCUCUCAGACAAAAUACGUUCCCACCGGUUUCCAGUCCAAGCAGCUCAUCCUUUCCGCCGGGCUGACAGCCGUUGAGUUCGAUUCGCUACCCGAAGGGACCGUCCUCGAUGUCGCCUUUGACGGCGCUGACGAGGUUGAUGAUGAACUCAAUCUAAUCAAGGGCGGCGGUGCCUGUCUUUUCCAGGAGAAGAUCGUCGCUCUCCAGGCUAAGGAGUUCAUCUGCGUUGCUGACUCGCGCAAACUCCAAUCUCGCCUCCUCACGAACUGGAAGUACAUUCCCAUCGAGGUCGCCCCGAUCGCUGCCCCCCGCGUCCUGACCAAGCUCAGAGAGCUGGGCAGCAUCCAGCCUGCCAUCCGCCUCAGCGGCACCUCCAAGGGUCCUUUGAAGACGGACCAGGACUUCUAUCUCAUCGAUGCUCCGUUCCCACCGCUUCUCACCAAGGCGGACGUUGCUGCGGGCAAGGACGGCAGCGGAAAGGCUGGCGUCUGGGAAGCCAAUGCGCUGGCUCAGGCGAUCAAGAUGAUUGCGGGUGUGUUGGAGGUCGGUAUCUUCUCCGGCGUGACAGGGCCUCAGGCUCAGGCUUUGGGAGGCAUUGGUGGCCAGAAGCCCAUUGCUGCUUACUUUGGCAUGCCCGAUGGCUCGGUAUCGGUCAGGAAGGCCCUUGCUUAA